GUUAUAAGAGCCAGUCAGCUCUCAGUACAAGCUGCUCUUGGAGAAGUUUUAAGUGCAAAGAGAUGCAGACGUACUACCUACCACUCAAAAGAUUACUCGAUUACUCCUGUCCUACAAACACUGAGAAAUAUUACAUGAAGAGCUGGGCAAUGAUUCAGUUGUAUGUAAUCAUUUUGCUGUCAUCAGCAGGAGGUGGCGCCUCAAAGAUUGACGUUCCGUGUGCAGAUGGGUUGAAAUACAUUCAAAAUGGAGAAAAUAUCACUCUGAAUUGCCCUUUUCUCUCUUUUGAUGUGAUGGUGACUGCAUGGCUCAAACAGACUCCAGGAGAAAAGCCUCUUGUCAUUGCUUAUGUUUAUCGCUCUACAACAGUUAAAUAUUAUGAUGGUUUCCACGAAAGCGGCCGCUUUAAUGCAUUAAGAGGACUAAGCAGUUUUACUCUGAGUAUCUCAAAUGCAGAACCAUCUGAUUCAGCUACAUAUUACUGUGUGGCUGCAGAUUAUACAGACACUGCAUUACUAGGUUGUACUGUUUUAGUCCUCAAAGGUUCGUCUUCUAGUCUCUCUGCUGUUCUCCAGCCUCCUGUAUCAGACCCAUUUGAACUGGGAGGAGAUAAAACUUUGCAGUGUUCAAUACUCACAGAUGCAUCUGCAGGAGAUCACAGUGUGUACUGGUUCAGACAUGGAUCAGGAGAAUCCCAUCCAGGAAUCAUUUACACUCAUGGAAACAGGAGUGAUGAGUGUAAGAAAAGCUCUGAGACUGAUUCUCCUACACAGAGCUGCGUCUACAAACUCCCCAAGAGAAACCUCAGCCUCUCUGAUGCUGGAACUUACUACUGUGCUGUGCUCAUGUGUGGAGAGAUCAUCUUUGGGAACGGAACUAAACUGGAAUUUGCAGAGAAUGCUGUUUUGGAUCCUGCCGUUCUGGUUUUAUCAGCAUCAAACAUCGUCUUGAUGGUUGUGGUUUUAUUUCUGUGCAGAAAAUUACACAGCAGUCAUCAUAAAAAUGCCGCCGAACGUGACAGAGUUCAAGUAAAUCAGGCUGAAGACACCGACGUCUUGAACUAUGCAGCUCUAAGCUUUGCUCAGUCUUCCUCCUCAAGAAGAAGCAGAACAAAGAACAGCAGUGAUCAGCCUGUGUACGCACAGGUAAAGACCCAUCAGUAGAAACAACAUCAGAGUUACAAUCAAACCUGGAAAUCUACUGUCAUCAUAACUACACUGUAAGCAGUGAUUUAACACUCAUGUAGAAUGUUAUCAUAAUUAUUCAUCAGUGUACCUCUGUAUGUGUCAAUUUUGUGUGAAUAAAGCAUUUUCUAUCAUUUUACAUCA